AUGGCGUGGCCUCCAUCAUUUAUCCUUUUCUCCUUCUUCUUUACACUCUUACUCCUACAAUCAUCAUCAUCAAUUGCUGCACAAACUGGUAGCCAAAUAACAGUUGGCCAAUCUCUCAAAGCCACCGGCAAUAAUGGUUCGUCAUUGCUUUCCCCUUCAGGCGAUUUUGCCUUUGGUUUUCAUCAAUUUCCUAACAACAACAAUCUCUUCUUGCUUGCCAUCUGGUACGCCAAGAUUCCUGAUACCAUAGUUUGGUAUGCGAAUGAUGGUAAUCCUGUUCCCCAAGGUUCAUCAGUCAAGAUAACUGCUAUCGAGGGCUUAGUUCUCAAUGACCCUCAAGGAACUCCUCUAUGGAAUACAACUGAUGGGUUAAGUGGUGGAGCUGUUGUUAACUAUGGUUUUAUGAAUGAUACUGGGAAUUUUGUGCUCAAAGGUAGCAACACUGAUGAUGCAGUUUGGGAGAGCUUUGACCAUCCCACAGAUACUUUGCUUCCUACCCAGAUUAUGACAGUGGGAAGCAAGGUCGAUUCCCGGCGAUCAGAAACCAAUUUUACGAAAGGGAGGUUCCAACUACGCUUUCAAGAUGAUGGAAACUUAGUCCUAAUCACAAGGGACAUAGAAACUGAUUUUUCCAAUGGGAAUUACUAUGCUAGUGGCACUGAUGACGAAACAAACCCAGGAAAUGCUGGUGACAGAGUGAUUUACAACGAGUCAGGGGAUUUGUAUAUACAUAGAAAGAACGGUUCAAGGUUUGAUCUCACACCAGCAGAAAAGUUAGUCUCAUCCAAGGCUAAUUAUCAGAGAGUAACACUGGACUAUGAUGGGGUCUUGACCUGGUAUUAUCACCCGAAAACCUUCGCAGCCAACAAUGGUGUCUGGUGGUCCAAUAUUCAGUCAAUCCCCGAUAACAUAUGCACAUCAGUUCUUGGAGGAGUUGGCAGUGGCGCGUGUGGGUAUAACAGCAUUUGCAGCAUUGAUGAUGGGGACAAAAGGCCAAGAUGUCAAUGCCCACCAUAUUAUUCUCUGAUGGACCCUAAUGAUACAUACAGCAGCUGCAUACCGAAUUUCAAGCAAGACAGUUGUGAUGAUGAGAAAGGCGUGCAGGGUACUGCGGCUACCAAAGAUGAAUAUAAGCUAGUUCAGCUUCGAAAUAUUGAUUGGCCAUUAGCAGACUACGCACAGCUUGAGCCUUGCAGUGAAGAAGAAUGCAAGACUUCUUGUGUAAAUGAUUGUUUCUGUGGUGCUGCAAUUUUCAGAGAAAAUACACAAACUUGUUGGAAGAAGAAGCUGCCACUCUCCAAUGGGAAACAGGAUAGCGGAGUAAAUAGGUUAGCUUGGCUUAAGGUGGGGAAUGGAAAUGGUUCCAACGACGACCCAGUAAAUCCUACAUUUGCAACUCCAUAUAAAUACAAGAAGGAUCGGGUAUCUGUAGCACUAUUUGGUAGCUCUGUAUGUGUUAAUUUCCUUCUGCUGAGUGCUAUUGUUAUAGGGAUUUGCUUCAUGUAUAACAACAAGCAUUCCAGAUUGCUUGAUGAACAUCAUCAGAGAAGUAAAACUCUUAGUGAGUAUAGUAGCGUCCAUUGCUUCAGCUACAAAGAGCUCGCAAAUGCGACAGAUGGGUUCAAGAAAGAGAUAGGACGAGGGUCUUUUGGCACGGUUUUCAGAGGGAAGAUCGGAGGAGGAGGAGCUUCUAUUAUGGUAGCUGUCAAAAGAUUAGAUCGAAUAUAUAAGGAUUCUGACAAGGAAUUUAAAACUGAAGUGAAUGUGAUUGGUCAGACUCAUCACAAAAAUUUGGUUCGGUUUAUAGGAUUUUGCAAGGAAGAAGAUCAACGGUUACUGGUAUAUGAAUAUAUGAACAAUGGUACCGUGGCAGAUUACCUUUUCGGUGAUUUUAGGCCAAGCUGGACUUCAAGGAUUCAAAUUGCACAAGGGAUUGCAAGGGGACUCUUGUAUUUGCACGAGGAAUGCAGCACACAGAUCAUCCAUUGUGAUAUAAAGCCGCAGAACAUACUUCUUGAUGAUUACUAUAAUGCCCGAAUAUCUGACUUUGGUAUGGCAAAGCUUUUGGUUUUAAACCAGACCCAUACAAAUACUGCAGUAAGAGGGACUAAAGGGUACCUUGCCCCUGAAUGGUUCAGAAACAAGCCAGUGACAGUAAAAGUGGAUGUGUACAGUUUUGGGGUUUUGUUGUUGGAGAUCAUAUGUUGUAGAAGAAGUGUGUGCAUGGAUAUCAGUGGGGAGGGAGCGAUUCUGACAGACUGGGCAUUCGAUUGUUUUGAAUCUAACAGAUUAGAAGCUCUUGUUGAGGGCGAUAUGGAAGCACUUAAUGAGACGCUGCAACUAGAGAGGUUUGUAAUGGUUGCUUUAUGGUGUGUACAGGAAGACCCAGGCCUAAGACCUACAAUGAAAAGGGUUAUACAGAUGCUUGAGGGUGUUGCUGAAGUGGCUAGACCACCUUGUCUGACCUCAUUUUCAGUUACCACCCAACCUUAAAUCCUUCUGGGUUAUCUAGGUUAAUCACCUGUUUUCCUACUAGUUCUAAUACAAAAUAAAAACCAUCUUUGAGCUAGUUUCUCAAUUGUAUCAGGUAGAAUUCUCGUUCAAAAUAAAGCAACUUAUAUCCCCUAGAUACGACCAUUGUAUACAGUAUCAGCUUUGUGAUAGUUUUCAAAUGAAUUUCUAAUGACAUCCAAGACAAGGCAUUGAAAUGCAAAAAUGGACAUCCAUUUCUCAGAAUAGAACAUUUUUUAUGAUGCAGAAAA